GCACCAUCGCACCCUCAAAUCUUGCGUCCGUCCGGUAGUAACAAUUACUCAGUGGCGCUGCAGAAACGAGCGGGUAGGCCGGGAGUUCUCAUCUUAUUUCGUGGGCAUUGUCAUGGUGGCAGACGUUGAGAACCAGAAGACACAAUUUGUGACAGCAAUGGAGCUACAGUCACUUGGUAAUGACCAAGCAGCCCGUCAGACAACCUCAAUUCAGGUUUUAUUAGAUGCCAAUCCACCUAAAGAUGUUCUUGAUGCCCCAGAUCAUGAUGGAAGAACACCACUCUUGGUGGCAGUCUCUGAAGCACAGGCGGAAGUUGUUGAAAAGCUCCUCAAUGCUGGAGCUCAUAUUAACGCUCGUAAUAAUAAUGGUCAGACUGCGCUACACAUUUUGGCUUCUGCCAUAUCUGAAGGGGUUAGAAAUUUUAAAGAUGAAGAAAUCUUAGAUAAAAUAACAGACUUACUUUUAGAUAAAAAAUACAAAAUCGAUUUGGAACCUCAUGACCCUCUCGAAGACCUCACACCAUUAGGAAUAGCUGCAUCAAGGUUACCUCAAGGAGACGGGGCUCCUAGAAGAGGUGGUCUUAUCAAAUUUUGUAAAAAAAUGGUAAAUGCUGGUGCUUCUCUUCAGGAAACUGGAGGGGAUGGCACUAUUGAGGAAAUUCUACAAAGCAAAAGAGCCCUUCCUUCUAUCCUGGUGGGUGGUGAUCCCUGCCCUGCCCCAAAAAGACCUGCAGCAUCAGAAUUCCUUGAUAUGGUAUUAAAGAGAAGUGAUAUACAGAAUAUACGGGCAUUCUUGCAGAAGGAAUCUGCUGAAGAUGCUCGUGCUAUAGUCAGUGGUCGACUUGGUAAACAAACUCUACUUUUCUAUGCUGUUGACAGAAGCAAUAAUUCACUAGUUAAAACAUUAGUUGAUUUUGGUGCAAAUGCUUGGGCACCUGAAAUAACACAUGAACUGCCCAUUCAUCGUGCUGCUGACCUAGGGCACUUACCUAUAUUCAAUCGUAUCAUUGAUCAUAUGAAAGGGGAUAACGAUUCAGUAGAUCUCAGAGAAUAUAGUGUUAGUAUUGUCCAAAAACUGAUGGAGAACGGUAAAAAACAUAAAGUAACUUCUGACAUUAGUCACAUAGAUUGUUUACGAAGAUUAAUGCAAGACGAUGUUCUCUUAAGUGUCAACCAGGAAUGGAUGGGUAAGACUGUACUGCAUGUGGCUGCAUCUUUCAAAAAUCAGGAGGCCAUGAGUAAGUUUUUGUGUAAGGGGUCAUUCCUUGGUGCUCGCCAAAUAAUAGCAGGUAAGAGUAAGACCCAAGGUAAUAUCCUGGAUUCACUUCUUCCAGCAACCCUGGAACAAGCUAUGGAUGGCUGUAUUACACACCAGCCAGCAGAAGGUGAACGAGAAAAUGUCCUAGAUGAGGAUUACAUAUUGAAACUGAACUUUCAUUUUCUCUUACCUCCAGUCAAUGAUGAUAUAAAGAAAGAGGUAAAAAGUACUAAUGAAGUAGAAGCACUGAUGGACAUUAAAAGGAGUAAAAGGCACCGACAAACCAUAAAACAUCCACUCGUACAGUGUCUGUUGUAUGCAAAGUGGCGGAAGGCUCUACCUCUUUACCUUCUCAAUCUAGGACUUUACUUCUUCUUUGUCAUUAUGCUUACAGAAUAUGUUUAUUGUUUGAAAGAUUUGCGUGUACUUGAAGCUCAGGCAAAAACGGCUGGCAAUUCUGGAUCUUCCAAUACUACUCUGGAUCUGGAAGAACAGAUAUUAAGUCAACAAACAACAGUGCAUUGGUUCAUGGGAUUCCUUAUCCCAAUCACUAUAUACAUGAUUAUAAGGGAGGUGUUCCAAGUUUUCUACACCAGGGAAGUCUACCUUAAGAAUAUUGAGAACUACUUAGAAAUAUUUUUAGUUGUGGUUGUGGUCGUUCUGUGGUGCACAACACUUGGCGCCGACGUCACCCGCCACCUUGCUGCUUGGGCUAUAAUUGUUGCCUGGUACGAGUUUGUGCUUAUUCUUGGCCGAUAUUACCCCCUUGCCAUCUACAUUACAAUGGUUCGACAUACCUCCUGGAACUUCUUGAAGUUCAUCUUCUUGUAUGGUGCCCUCAUCCUAGCUUUCACUAUAAGCUUCAACAUCAUCCUACAGCCUACUACUGAUGGUCAGGAUUCAGACUUCAGUAAUUUCUGGUCAACACUUCCGAAGGUAAUAGUAAUGGCAACUGGGGAGUUUGAAUACUCAGACCAGAGUGAGCAGUUCUCUCGCAAGUUCCUGUUCUCCACGUCGACCUUACUUGUCUUCCUUCUCUUCCUCUUCCUGAUUUUUCUGGUCAUUAUGAAUGUUUUGAUUGGAUUGGCAGUCACAGACACACAGCAAGUGGUAGAUGAUGCCAAACUCUACUCCCUUACUUCCCGCCUGGAACUCGUCUACCUCACUGAAUCUUUGUUCCUUAGUUGUCCAGGCUUGAGGUCUUAUGUUGACAAAAUUCACUCAAAGUUAGGAUCCAAGUACUGGCCCAUUCUGUCAGGAUCCAAGAAAGGAUCCAUUCUUCAUGCAUAUAUCAAUAACCCCAAGAAAGAAGAAAGACUCAGAUCUGGGGAAGAGAUGCAAUUUUGUUGUACACUGGAUAAUGAUAUAGCUGACUGCCUCAGAAACUAUCGCCUGCAGUGUAUAGAAGAUCAGAAGAGUCGUGGUGAUCCUUUGAACCAGUUCCUCCCUAUCUUGCAAGAGUUACAAGAUAUUGUCAGGAAUCAUCCUCAACUUGUACAACAAGCUGCAUCUACUGUGCACCCUGGAAAUUAAGACAGUUUUAAAUGCUUAAACAAGGCUAUUGGUCAAAUAUAAUUUAAUGACAACAUCAAGUCUACUGGUGUUGGAAUGUCACAUCAUAAAAUAAAUAUUUCACUUGGUUCAGGAAAAAAUAA